AUGAAGAGAGUAGAAGUGGUGUUUAUCCCUUCUCCAGGUGUGGGACAUCUAGUAUCCACCCUUGAGUUUGCUAAGCUUCUUAUCAACCGUGAUAACCGUCUCAGUAUAACCGUCUUGGUCAUCAAGUUUCCAAACACUGAUGAAAAAAUACAAGCCCUUUCGUCCGCAUUCGACUUGGAAAAUCUCCAUGUCAUUAACCUCCCUGAAUGUACUUAUGUUUCCUCCACUCCUGAUGGAAGUUACUCUGCCAGUGCUCUCGCUGAAACCCAAAAACCAAACGUUAAAGAAGCUGUUUCCAACAUCAAUGGACAACUUGCUGCUUUCGUUGUUGACAUGUUUUGUACCACCAUGAUUGAUGUUGCCAACGAAUUUGGUGUUCCGUCCCUUCUCUACUUCACUUCUGGUAUUGCUUACCUUGGUCUGGUGCUUCAUCUUCACAGACUUUUGGAAAACAACUUAGAAGCGACUCGUUUGUUGUUGCAGCAGGACGAACUAGACAUCCCGAGUUUCUUUAAUCCAGUUCCUACAAACACGUUGCCCACUGUGAUACUCCGCAAGAAGUGGGAAUCAGAUUUCAUCAACCAUGUAAGAGGACUCAAGAAAGCUAGUGGUAUUAUAGUAAACUCGUUUCAUGAGCUAGAACCACAUGCGGCUCACUCAUUCUUGGAAGACUCGGGUCUGUGUGGUUUACCCAUAUAUCCGGUGGGCCCCAUAUUAAACCUUGAGACCAAACUCAAGCCUGAGCCCAAGCCUAAUGGUAUUAUUGAUUCUAAUGACACAAUUAAGUGGCUCGAUGACCAACCUCAUUCUUCGGUAAUUUUCAUCUGCUUUGGGAGCAUGGGUGCUUUUGAUGAGGAUCAGGUUAGGGAGAUUGCACAUGCUAUUGAGAAAAGUGGAGCCCGCUUCCUGUGGUCCAUGCGGAAACCUCCGCCGAAGGGAACCAUGGGUCCGGUGUCUGAUUAUCCUUUGUGUGAUAUGGUCGCAGUUUUACCUGAAGGGUUCUUAGAUCGAACAGUGGAGAUUGGAAGGUUUGUCGGAUGGGCACCUCAGGUCCAAGUACUUGCCCAUCCAGCCACAGGAGGCUUCGUUUCACACUGUGGUUGGAAUUCAACUCUUGAGAGCAUAUAUCAUGGUGUGCCUAUUGCGACAUGGCCUCUCUUAGCUGAGCAACAGACCAAUGCUUUUGAACUCGUGCAUGAGCUGAAGAUGGGUGUGGAGAUUGCCUUGGAUUAUAGGAUGGAGUAUGAUGUUGGAAGUAACUAUCUUUUAACUGCAGACAAAAUUGAGAGAGGAAUAAGAAGUGUGAUGAAUAAGAAUGGAGAGAUAAGGAAGAAAGUAAAAGAAAUGAGUGAACAAAGUAGGAAGACAUUGUUAGAGGGUGGAUCUUCCUACACUUGUGUUAGUCAUUUGAUUGAUUAUAUUAUUAAUCAAGUAUAAAAUUAAGCACCUGACCACACAUACAAAAUGGUUGGAGGGUACUAGUUGAAUUACUAAGUAUAUGUUUGGUAUUUCAUUUAACAAAACGCCACCUUGCGUUUAUCCAAAAGCUAUAACUUGUAGCUUCUAUAAUACCAUGUCAAAAAAGCAUAGGGACGCGAGAAUGACAUAUGAAACUCAGUACCAAACACGCUAUAAAUAAAUCAACCCAACUUGAUUUUCAUUUCAUAGAAAAGAGGAGGUGUGUUUUAUAAAGUUAUUUGCAAAAAUUACAAUUGAUUGAAAAAUCAAUAUUUUAAAUUAUGAUAGAAUAGAAUACAGGUGCAUAUGAUAAUAAACUAUGCUAUUAAAGUCUAU